AUGGAGAAUGAAGUUGGGAAAUCUGUGGACAACCAAAUGGAUAAGUACAUAGUUACAAUAAUGGGGAAAUCAGAAAGUCAAAUGGAUAUUGUAGAAAAAUCGACAAAAUCUGGGAAGAAAUCCUGGAGCUUUGUGACCAUCGGUCUGUCUGUCCUGCUGCUGCUCAUGACCUGUGCGGUGGUCGCCCUGGUGAUCCUGUAUGCCAACAGUAGAGAUAUGCAGUAUGGCACCAAUUCAGGCAGCAUAUGCACUACUCCUGGAUGUGUUACAGCAGCUGCUAGAAUACUUCAGAACAUGGAUCCAACGACUGAGCCUUGCACGGACUUCUAUCAGUACGCCUGUGGGGGCUGGCUGAACCGGCACGUCAUCCCAGAAACCAGUUCCAGAUACAGCAUCUUUGACAUCCUGAGAGAUGAACUGGAGAUCAUCCUGAAAGGUGUGCUGGAGUCUCCGGAGCAGGGUGAUCGAGAAGCCUUUCGGAAAGCUAAAAUGCUUUACACUUCCUGCAUGAAUGAGAGCUUCAUAGAGCAGCGAGAUUCAUUGCCCCUGUUAGAGGUUUUAGCUAUGGUUGGAGAUUGGCCAGUGGCUUCGGCAGAUUGGAAUAUCACCAAAGAGCCAAAUUGGAGCAUGGAAGAAAAACUCUCUACACUGAACUCCAGAUUUAACAAACGAGUCUUCAUUGAUAUGUUUGUAUGGAACGAUGACCGGGAUUCCAGCAGACAUAUCAUUUAUAUCGACCAGCCUAGUUUGGGAAUGCCGUCCAGAGACUACUACUUUAAUGGUGGCAAUUACCAAAGAGUGCGGGAAGCCUACCUGCAAUUUAUGAUCACCAUUGCCAAAAUGAUCAGAGAAGACAAGAAUUUGGCGAAAGACGACAAUUUUGUCCAAGAGGAAAUGGCAAAGGUUAUGAAGCUUGAAACUGAGAUUGCAAACGCUACUGCUCCUGCAGAAGAAAGGCAUGACGUGACCUUAUUGUACAACAAAAUGACCCUAAGAGAGCUCCAGGAAAAGUUUGCAUUGAAUGAGUUUAACUGGACUCUCUUCAUCCAAGGCAUCAUGUCUUCAGUAAACGUUCAGAUCCACCUGGAUGAGGAGGUAGUUGUGUACGGCGCGCCCUACCUGCAGGAGCUCAAAGCGAUUAUCUCCAACUACUCAGCAAGCACCAUCCAGAACUACCUAGUCUGGCGACUGGUGAUUGACAGGGUCAGCAGCUUGAGUCGGCGUUUCAAGGACGCCCGGGCCAACUACCGAAAGGCACUUUAUGGGACAACACUGGAAGAGGCCCGUUGGCGGGAAUGCGUGAGUUACGUCAACAACAACAUGGAGAAGGCGGUGGGAGCUCUGUAUGUCAGGGAGACAUUUGCUGGUGAGAGCAAGAGGAUGGUCCGAGACUUAAUAGACAAAAUCCGGGAAGUGUUCAUUGAGACGCUCGAUGAAUUACAGUGGAUGGAUGAAACAUCAAAAGAGAAAGCUCGUGAGAAGGCAAUGGCAAUUAAAGAACAAAUUGGCUACCCAGACUAUAUUUUGGAAGAUCUGAAUGAAAAACUGGAUCAGGAAUAUGCAAAUUUAAACUUCAGUGAGCACAAGUAUUUUGAAAACAGCCUGGAAAACCUGAGGGCUGGAGCCCAGAAGAGCUUGAAAAAACUUCGAGAGAGAGUUGACCAAGAUAUAUGGAUCAUUGGUGCUGCAGUGGUCAACGCAUUCUAUUCCCCCAACCGAAAUCAGAUAGUGUUUCCUGCUGGAAUCCUACAGCCUCCCUUCUUUAGCAAACAACAGCCACAGGCACUAAACUUUGGAGGGAUCGGGAUGGUAAUUGGACAUGAAAUUACUCAUGGUUUUGAUGACAAUGGAAGAAAUUUUGACAAAGAUGGAAAUAUGUUUGAUUGGUGGAGCAAUUUCUCAGCCAUGCAUUUCAAAGACCAGUCACGCUGCAUGGUUUAUCAGUAUGGAAACUACACAUGGGAGCUGGCUGGAGGGCAGAAUGUCAGUGGAAUAAGCACGCUGGGAGAGAAUAUUGCAGACAAUGGAGGAGUCCGACAGGCUUACAAGGCCUAUUUAAAAUGGCUGGAACACGAAGGGAAGGAGCCAAAGUUACCAGGACUCGACCUGACUCACAAGCAACUUUUCUUUCUGAACUUUGCCCAGGUGUGGUGUGGUUCCUACAGACCUGAGUACGCCAGCCAGUCUAUAAAGACAGAUGUUCACAGCCCUUUGAAAUACAGGGUGAUGGGAUCCUUGCAAAACUUCGAAGCUUUCUCCGAAGCAUUCCACUGUAAGAAGGGCACAGCCAUGCACCCUGUAGAGAAAUGCAGAGUGUGGUAG